CUCCUGGCGGCGUGGCACAGACGGUCUGACUCACUCCAAAGGUGGCCUAAAUCGGUUUGAAGAUCCCGUGUCCAUUCUAUGAAUUCAGAUCAGCAAAGAGUCAGACACAGAGAGGAAGCACCAAACACCCAUCACAAUGUCCAGCCUCCUCUACCUACUUGGUUCCUCUCUGCCUUCCUGGCUGCUGAUUCUGCUUCUUGGCUUCUCUGGAGCCCAAGGUCAGGAGGAGAUCCAGGUGCUGCAGCCCAAGCAUCCCAUUUCUGUGGCAGAGGGAGAGACAGUCACCCUGAACUGCACAAUUUCUGGGAUUCCACCAGCAGGACCAGUUAAAUGGUUCAAGGGGAAAGGGCCCCAGAGACAGGAAAUUUACAAUUUCAAAGGAGGCCCCUUCCCCAGGAUAAUGACAGCUGACCCAUCAAGCAACAUGGAUUUCUCCAUCAACAUCAGCCACAUCACUUCAGAGGACUUAGGCACCUAUUACUGUAUAAAGUUCAAAAAGGGGAAUCCUGAAACCGAGUUUAAAUCUGGUGGGGGCACCAUGUUGUGUAUGAGGGGGCGAGACGUUUCUGGCCAGUUCUUUGUAAUUUUCCUUCUGGGACUGAAGGUGCUAUUGUUGCUCAGCAUAUCCUGGCUCUAUGUCAUCAGAAAGCAAAAAAUAAAAGUUUCAGAGGCUGCCCUGUCUGUCCCAAUCUCCUCAGCUCCAGUUCCUUAGGUUCAGCCUCCUCCUACCUUCAACCAGGUUGGUGAGCUAGGAUUGGAAAACCAUGAGACAAAGCCUUCUCCAUCUCAACACCCUCCCCUGCAAAGUAUCCUGUAGCUCCCCGGUGCCUUCUCCUCUUUGGAGAGGACAGCUGACCCCAAGUUCUCCCCUGGGAGCCUUGGAUCCAAGAGCUGCACCUGAGGAAGAAUGUGGCAGACAUCAGGCUGGACUUGGCGUCCCCCCAUUGAUCCACACUUCAGAGCAGAAGUGAAGGCACCACUAAGCCCUGAUGCUUGCAGCUUCUACUGUUUCUUUCUUAUCAGCAAAAGGGAGAGCCACCUAAUUGCAGAACCCACACAGAAAUUUGGCAUAGAUACCAAUGGGUUUCUCAGAAUGCCCACAGCUCCCUAUCUUGCACUUUAUAAAGAAUUGAUAUCUUUUCGUUUUACAUCAGUUUUAUUUCCCAAUAUAAUCUCCACCCCCCAGAUAUCUGUACUUUAUAUUGAAGAACAAAAAAGAAGAAAAAAUAGUUCAGCAGAGCUAGCCAGUGCUUAAAUCAAAGAUGACAGUAUUUGUAGUAUUCUAUACCUAGAGUCCCCCCUCCACCUUGGCAAAAGAUGGAGGGAGGUAUUUUCUCAUAUCAUCUCUUCAAGGCCAAGUUUGAGCACUGCAUUCACUUUCAAUUCAUUGUUAUUGUUCUCUCCAUUUAUACUGGUGUAGUCAUUAUAUGUAUUUGGUUAAUUCUAUGUCUUUUCAUGUUUCUCUUAUAGUUUACAUCCUUUACUUUUCAU